GGAAAACAGUUGCUGUAAUAAAGCCGAGAAGAGCGUACGUAUACGUGCAAUUAUACACAACGCCCUUUACGGCCAUCAUUCGAAGUUUCAUCGCAUAGCUAUUUCUUCAAGCGACGAGAAAAAAAAAGAUUCUCCUUUUCAAAACAUUUCUAUAUACUCGAUACUUGCGUAAGUGAAAUCAUAUUUUUUUGUCUCAAUAAACAUUUUGUCGUUGAAUUUUAUUUGCAAAUUUCGUAGAUCAAUCGAAUUGCGUUGGUAAAUUGGUGGUUUUGUGCGAAUAAAUGCGGGAAUAUUUGGUUUAAUUUAAUUUUUUGGUGAGCGCGGUGACAAAAGUCGUGUGUAUCUGUUUGAAAAAAUGCUUUUUACUGCUGUCAGCCAUUUUUCUUGUGUCGCGCACCAACAGCGCCGACGGUGAUAAUUUACAAGAAUCGAAGACUUUUAGUGUUCGGCCACCUAGUUUUGAAAUCCAAAAUCAGUUUCAUUCUUAUUAUUUUCCCAAUCCCGAUUUGUCAGCCGCAAUUUUUUGCAAAAAUUUUCGACAACAAUUUCACCGAGAAACAACAUCAAAGUUUGAAAAUGCGAUGAAUUGAAGUUGAUUCGUAGAAAUUUUCUGAGUCUUUUUCGUCGCAUAAUCAAAAUGGCUGACGUGCGAUGUACGAUUGAAACGUUUGUAUGUGUAUAAUACUGGGUACAUUCGAAAAUCGUAAUUUUUUCUUCUCGCAAAGCAACACGGCAGCUGUGUGUAUAUAUACGGAGGGAAAUACAGUGUCUUUAGUUUUGACAGUUUUGACAGUAUGCCUAUACAGCAUACGAUUUCGUUCGAUAGGCAACGCGUAAGUGGUUUUCGGUUGUGUUGAGCAAGCGAUGACGACGCGGCUCCGAGAAGUAAAAUUGGAGGGAAACGAAUUACAUUCAUAUUUGGAAACAUUCAACAAAGACUUGGAAGGGAAUAACCAGCAAACAAUCACAUUGCUUCAGACCAACGGCACAGAUACCAUGGAGGAUACCGACGAAGGCACUUAUUUUGUCGACGAGAGUGGUAAUUAUUAUUACCAAGCGACAAAGGAUUCGGAGCCGGUGUUAACUGAACCGCCUGAUGGUGACAAUAUUCAGUUUAUCGUCGAAGAGGACGACGAGAACUCGGCGGGCGAAGACAAUUUGGAAGUUGAACAAGCGACGGUGUCGACAAAAACGCGAAAACAAAAUAUUAUCACAACAAAAGUGGAGGCAAGUGAAUACGAUGCGGUGGCAUUUGAUACGAACGAAGGAGACAAUGCCGAUGGUGAAGUUAGCUAUGUGUAUAUUAUGGAUGACAAAGGAUCACCGGUCGAUGAUGGGACAAAUGAAGAGCUGGCUGACGAUGGUGUCGAAGAGAAAGUGUACGAAUUCGAAGAAGAUGAGGAUUUGAGUGACGACGAUGCACCCGUGAAAAAGGAUAAACGAAAAGCAGCCGGUUCAGCUGCUACCUCAUCCGGUGCUAAGACGCCGAAAGUAUCCCGAGUAUCGUUAGCAAUGCACAUGUGCAACUAUUGCAAUUACACAAGCCCAAAACGGUAUUUGUUGUCGCGCCACAUGAAAUCCCAUUCGGAGGAACGACCAUAUAAGUGUUCGGUGUGCGAACGUGGAUUCAAAACAUUGGCUUCAUUGCAAAACCACGUAAAUACACACACGGGAACCAAGCCACAUUUGUGUAAGUACUGUGACAGCUGCUUUACAACAUCUGGUGAAUUGGUCAGACAUGUACGGUAUCGACACACGCAUGAAAAACCACACAAGUGCCACGAAUGCGAUUAUGCCAGUGUUGAGUUGAGCAAAUUGAAACGUCACAUUCGUUGUCACACGGGCGAACGACCAUAUCAAUGUCCUCAUUGCACAUAUGCAUCGCCGGACACAUUUAAAUUGAAGCGACACUUACGCAUACAUACCGGCGAGAAACCGUACGAAUGUGAUGUAUGCCAGGCCCGAUUCACCCAAUCCAAUUCGCUGAAGGCACACAAGCUUAUUCAUAGCGUUGGUGACAAACCAGUGUUCCAUUGUGAACUGUGCCCAACGACUUGUGGACGAAAGACUGAUUUGCGUAUCCACGUACAAAAGCUACAUACAGCAGAAAAACCACUCAAAUGCAAACGAUGCGGGAACUCAUUCCCUGAUCGCUAUAGUUAUAAGAUCCAUACCAAGACGCACGAAGGUGAAAAGUGUUACAAAUGCGAAUUGUGUCCAUAUGCUUCAAUAUCGGCCCGUCACUUGGAGUCUCACAUGCUUGUCCACACUGAUCAAAAACCAUUUCAAUGCUCGCAAUGCGAUCAAGCCUUCCGUCAGAAGCAAUUACUCAAACGCCACAUUAAUUUAUAUCAUGAUCCAAGCUAUGUACCACCCACACCAAAGGAAAAAACUCACGUAUGCCCAUCUUGCGAACGCCAAUUCCGGCACAAGGGCAAUUUAAUACGGCACAUGUCAUUGCACGAUCCCGACUCAUCGGUGCGAGAGCACGCGAUGGCAUUGAAGGUAGGCCGCAAGAAGCGUGUCCAAAUUGUCAACGGCCAACAAAUCGAAUACAUGGGCUUCGAGGACGAAGAAGAGUAUGAGGGCGAAGAAGAUUAUGUUGAUGGCGAGGAUGAAACAUCAAUCGAGCAAGAAGAUUUGCCAACGAAAAAGGAAACCAUCAUGGCCGUUGGAGAGGAUGGACAGCGUUACAUGGUGGUCGAAGUGAUCAAUAUGGAAGAGGAUGAGAAUAGCCAGAUUCAAUUGCAAGACAAAGAUGAGAACAUGGAGAUAGCCGAACUGUAUCUGGAAGAUGAGGAUCCAUUACAAGACAAGGGCCAAGUCGAUCGAGACAUGUCGACAUGCUUUGGAUUUGUGGAAGAAGAUGGUGUCGAAGACGAAGAAGAUGGGGACAAAUCAUCAAUUCAACUUCUCGACUAUGUUGAAUAGUCGACCUCAAAUCGACGCAUUUUGAUUUCAAUAUGUUUAGUUGUGAUUUAAUAAGAAUAUUGUUUUUCGAUUGUAUACUUGAAUGCUAAGAAGUAGAACCAAUAACAACUAAUUUCACACAUAUGCAAAUAUGAGUUGCAGACAAUUGAUCCACUGAUAUCAUUUAACUGUUAUAAUUCUUUUUUCGUUUCGUUUAGAAAGUAUGAUAUCAAAAUUUAAUUGGACAUUUACACAUAUUUUUGUAUAUCCUACCAUGCCAUGACUUGGCUGUCACAUUUCACAGAGAUUUGCUGUAUUCUCGUAGAAAUGACAUUGGCUGAUUGAUCAGUAACCGUAACGAAUAGCUUAAGAGUACGAUAAUUCCAAUUGUUAAUGGCAAAAUUUAACAGAAUUCAAAUAAACUGUAGAUUUUUUUGUGGCAAAUUCA